GUGACAAACUUUCGUUCGUGGUUUAUGAUGAAUCGUACGUUAUUUGUCUCCAAUUCUGGAAUUUAGUCGCUAAAUAUAAAUUAUAUUGUAGUUUUAGUAUAUAAUUGUUACCAGUGAACAGUUUCGUAAAGAUUUAUAAAUAGUUAGAUGAAGAAUAAAGUGAUUUAGAACCGUUGGACAAAAAUGUUAUUGUGUGCUAAGUUUCAUAAUGGCGGCCCGUCGCGUCCCCCGCGCCUCCAUUUCGAUGACAGUCGAAUUAUGACAAUGCCGAUAAGCAAAGUUUAGAAAUGCUGUGUUUUUGUAGAUAAUUUAGUGAAAGUUUAUAGUGUUGUAGAUUGUGAGGACUGAAAAUGAAUCCUGAGCACCACAAUAUCAAUACGGGUGGUGGCCAACCUCCUGGGAAUUCCGAGUCGCAGAAUCAGAGGGUUCAGGCGGCUCAGCAACAACAGCAGAACAAUCUGACUCCUACGACAUCUGCCACGGAUCUGCGAGUGAACACUGCGGCAGUUAACGUUGCUUUGUCUAGUGUCGCCAAGUAUUGGGUAUUUACAAAUUUGUUCCCCGGGCCGGUGUCCGUGUAUGGAUUGCCUGCGGGAACCAGAAUCGAAAACGGAAAACCUGUACAGGACCUUGGACAAACUCAUGCAAGUAUACUGAAUGGUGACCCCAACAUAAUUUUGGGACACCAUGCUGGGCAGGCUCAAGUGGCUGUCUCCGCUGCGGGGACACAGCAGAUCCCUGUCUCCCAGAUUAUUGCACAAACACAAUCGGGACAGACCCAUGAAGUUCCUCUGGUGGGACACAGUCAGCAGCAAGAGCUGUCAGUGCAACAAGCCGGGGGAGCUACACAGGUCACGGUCAGCUCCAACCAGCAAACUCAUCAGCAGGUACCCAAUAACCGGGUCGAGUUUGUACAACACCAUAACAUUGAUAUGGGUCACCACUCGCAACAACACAUAAUGCAGCAGCAGUUGAUGGCUGCUGCCCGCCCUGAACACACCAAUCAACAGAUCCAGUUGACAGUGAGUGAAGAUGGGAUUGUGACCGUUGUGGAGCCAGGUGGUGGGAAACUGGUGGACAAAGACGAGCUUCAUGAAGCCAUCAAGAUGCCUGGCACGGACCACACAUUGACUGUGCAUCAGCUUCAGCAGAUUGUUGGGCAGCAGGUGUUAGACAGCGUGGUUCGCAUCGAGCAAGCGACGGGCGAGCCAGCGAACAUUCUCGUGACUCACAACCCCGACGGCACCACCUCCAUAGAAGCCAGCGCCGCUGAUCCCCUCAUCGUCAAGGAUGAGAAGAGUGCCGGCAAGAUUGAGACUGCACAGUUCGCAAUACCAGCCGAGAUCAAAGAUAUUAAAGGGAUAGAUUUGAAGAGUGUCGGCGCAAUGGGCAUGGAGGGUGCCGUAGUGAAGAUCUCCGCCGGCGCGUCGGAGCACGACUUGCACGCGAUGUAUAAAGUCAACGUGGAGGACUUGUCGCAACUGCUCGCGUAUCAUGAAGUAUUCGGGAAACUCAACGCUGAAGGUCAACCACAGACUAAACAAGUGAUAACAGAAGUGGAAGUGGAAGCAGGCACGAGCGCCGCGAUGCCCGAAGACUCGUCACCUGGCCACCACUCGUGCGACCUCUGCGGCAAGAUAUUCCAGUUCCGUUACCAGCUGAUCGUUCACAGGCGGUACCACGGCGAAAGUAAGCCAUUCACCUGCCAAGUCUGCGGAUCGGCGUUCGCCAACCCUGUAGAGUUAUCUAGACACGGGAAAUGUCAUCUUGCGACGGGCGACCAGGCGGAGAGGCACGGGAAGAGGAUGACUCAAGACAAGCCAUACGCAUGCACCACUUGCCAUAAAACGUUCUCCCGUAAGGAGCAUCUGGACAACCACGUCCGCAGCCAUACCGGCGAGACGCCAUACAGAUGCCAGUUUUGCGCGAAGACGUUUACGCGCAAGGAGCACAUGGUAAACCACGUCCGGAAACACACGGGCGAGACUCCUCACCGCUGCGAUAUCUGUAAGAAGAGCUUCACGCGCAAAGAGCACUUCAUGAACCACGUUAUGUGGCACACAGGUGAAACACCGCAUCAUUGUCAAAUAUGUGGCAAGAAGUAUACUAGGAAGGAGCAUUUAGUGAAUCAUAUGCGGUCGCAUACGAACGAUACCCCGUUCCGCUGCACGCUCUGUGGCAAGUCCUUCACGAGAAAGGAACACUUCACCAACCACAUACUGUGGCAUACGGGAGAGACGCCACAUCGCUGCGACUUCUGUUCUAAAACAUUUACCCGCAAGGAGCACCUACUGAACCACGUGAGGCAGCACACGGGCGAGUCGCCGCACCGCUGCAACUUCUGUUCCAAGUCGUUCACGCGGCGCGAGCAUCUCGUCAACCACGUGCGACAACACACCGGGGAGACGCCCUUCCAAUGCGGGUACUGCCCCAAGGCGUUCACGAGGAAGGACCAUCUCGUGAACCACGUGCGUCAACACACGGGUGAAUCCCCGCACAAGUGCACGUAUUGCACGAAGUCCUUCACCCGCAAAGAACACCUGACGAACCACGUGAGGCAGCACACCGGCGAGUCGCCGCAUCGCUGCUCAUUCUGCGCCAAGUCAUUCACCAGGAAGGAGCAUCUCACUAACCAUAUCAGACAACACACUGGGGAGACUCCACACAAGUGCACGUACUGCCCUCGAGCGUUCUCGCGCAAGGAGCAUCUCAACAACCACGUGCGCCAACAUACCGGGGAUACGCCGCACACCUGCGGGUAUUGCAACAAGAGCUUCACGCGCAAAGAACACCUCGUCAACCAUGUCCGACAACACACGGGCGAAACUCCGUUCAAGUGCACGUAUUGUGCGAAGUCGUUCUCGCGGAAGGAACACCUGACCAACCACAUCCACCUUCAUACUGGGGAGACGCCACACAAGUGCCCGUUCUGCACCAAAACCUUCUCCCGAAAGGAGCAUCUCACCAACCAUGUCAGAAUACACACGGGCGAGUCGCCGCAUCGGUGCGAGUUCUGUCAGAAGACAUUCACUCGCAAGGAGCAUCUCACGAAUCACCUUAAGCAGCAUACUGGUGACACGCCGCACGCCUGCAAGGUCUGCUCCAAACCCUUCACGAGAAAGGAACACCUUAUCACGCAUAUGAGAUCACACAGUUGCGGCGAGCGACCCUACAGCUGCGGCGAGUGCGGGAAGUCUUUCCCCCUGAAAGGAAACUUGCUGUUCCACGAGCGAUCUCACAACAAAGGUGGCGGCGGCGCGCGCCCAUUCCGAUGCGAUAUCUGCUCUAAAGACUUCAUGUGUAAAGGACACUUGGUGACUCAUCGACGCACGCAUACGGAUGCAGUUGAGUCUGGCGAACCUCCCGCGGACGGCGAAGACUGCGGCGACGGUGUGAAAUGUGAAAAGGAGCCCGUGGAACGUAAACCCGAUAUCAGGACGUCGACGGAAAGCAGGCCGCAAGCAGAGCAGCAAGCUAACGUCGCACAACAUCAACAGAACACGCCACAAACUACAGUCAUGCAAAUUACUAGCCAGCAAGUCCGCACGGCUGUGCCGACGAGUAGCGGCGGCGUGACGGGCACGUUCACGCACACGACGGGCGCGCAGCACCACGCCGGUGCGGCCAUCGCCCACCACCCCGUCACUGUCAACUACUAGCAUACGCCCCCUGCUCGCGAGCAGAGCUGCGUCGUGUAUGCGCCCAGCUGAUGGUCAGCCGACGAUCUUGCAGAUACCUUCGAACCAACAUACGGGUUAAUCGACGAAUAAGCCAUACAUCGGCACAGACGACAUGUGUGUUGGUGCUGGCAUGCACAUCCAGUGCAGUUUCAUCCAAAAGUGAUUUUACCAAGGAUAUUCCUCAAGUGUGAGACAGGACAACUGACAGUCAUUUACUUAGAGUAUUGGUCAAUUUUACCAUGUAAUAUUAGUAAUUUAUUGGCCAAAAUCUUAAUCUUCAUCUUACUUCUCUGCGGGCAGUAGUCGAAAAUGUAAAUUAAGUGUUGACUUUUAGCAGGUCGAGUUAUUGUUAUUAAAUUAAUUUUGACCUUCGGUGAUCCCAAUAUUACUGAUGAGCCAUGACUUGUACAUUUGUUUAAAUAUAUUUUAAACCAUAAUGAUAUCCUGUGAAAAACGGGAUAGAGGGGUGAUGAACAAUGUUGUAUGUCACAUUAUUUCUACAAGUUUUGAACCGAUAGAAGUGGUUACCAAGUUAACACUUAGACUCUUUAUAUGUUGUACAUAGAAUCGUGGAUUUUAUAUUUUCUUGAUUUUGUGUUUUAUAAAAAUAAUGGGUAUAUUCUAAUAUUGGCUUUUUCCAGAUUUUACAUUUUGCAACAUUCCUUUACCGCUACUUAUCCUUUUUGAAUUCUGUCUGUAAUUAUAAUAUUGUGGUAAAUGUUCCUUGUGAUAAUUUUCUAAUUGUUCUUUAAUGGAGUAAAUGCCCUACCAAAUUCGGCCCACUUUUUGAAGAGUUCAUACAGUGGGAAUUUGACAUAUAAAACAGGGACCAUAUAGAAGCGAGUGUAUAAAAAUAACAAAAGUAUGAUUCUCGUGAGGUUUCCCAGGGAAUAAAACUCUGAAUAUAAAAUUAAUGAAGAUUAAAAAGGGCGUUCAUAAAUGUUUUGCCCCAAUAUAUUAUUCUCCAGCUUAGAUAUGUGUAGUUAUUCUUUGCCAUGUAUGUACAGUACAAGUGUGAUAAAUGGAUAAAAUUAUAAUAUUUGUAUAGAAGAUUUAUGUUGGUGACUGUAUUGCUUAGCUUAGUAAAACCAACAGCAAGGGAAGUGGUGUUAUAAUCACUUCCGUGAACAUUGUAACACAGCUUGUAAAACUUAAAUAGCUUGUAUUUACUUGUAUAUAGAUAGUUAUAAUCUAUAGAUGUACCCUAUAGAAUCUAAGAUUAAGAUAUAUUAGCGGUUUGAUUGUCAAGGUAUAUGUUACGAUAAUGAGCAAAAGCUUACGAUUCUGAAUCGUAUCAUGUAGUAUUUUUUUUCUUUUUCUAAGGUGCGAUGACUCAUUGAGAUAAUCGGUAUCAAAGCCAAUGGUUACUUAUCUUCAAUGGUGCCACGCUAUUUAUAUUUUAUAGUAAAUCUAAAUCUUUAGACACAGUGGAUGUACUAAAAUCUAACUUAUGUUCAGUAAUUUGAUAUGAGAUUAAAAAAUUUAAAGAUA